GCGACUACAAUUGUACCUUAUUCCGCAUUCGGACGCCAAGCUGGAAAUACGGAUGCGCAUAAGCGAAGUUCAACGCGCACGAGGAACUGCACUGCACUGCAUCUCAGCUGAUCCUCCAUACACUGGCUGUACUUCUUCGCCUGCGCCCAUUUUCCCUUGCAGUGUCUCCUGCGCACAUUUGCUGGUACCAGUGACAUGAAAAUCAACCAGCAUGAUGUUGACCGGCAACUUCAAUAACGCAGGCGACGAUGACGAGAUUCAUUCCCGCUUCUCUACCACGAUGUGAGGGUCUUCGGCUAAAUCCCUGAACAAGUGCCAGUGGAGCAUAAACUCGGCACAUUUUCUACCAGGCUCAUGCCAGCCCACAAACCCACAGACCACAACACCAUUGACACCACAACCGUCCAUGUGGCUGAUUCGCUAACGCCAUCCAGCCUUUCUCACGAUUCGGCCCCUAUUCAACCCUGCCUCGCGAAAUUGGGUCUCUCGAUGGUCACCAAACGAACCAAUCCAUAAGCCAGCCGCCUUCGCCUAGCCUUGUGAUUCGCGGUGGACGAUGCCAACGAUAGCCUGCCUGCGAGGCCGCUUCUACUGUCUACAACAAUAGUACACCUCAACUCCAGAAUCUCCCGCUAUAUCGCUUCCUAGCCUCGAUAAGCCCCAGAUCAUUUGUUCUUCUGUUUGUCCGCCGGAACCUCGUUAACCCAUUAAGUGAUGCGGGACCCACCAGGCUGGCUGUUCACCCUCACCAGUGAGUCUGCCUUGAUGCCCAGUCGAUUGCACCAGACAUCAUUGCUCAAUCCCUGCUUGGUCUCGUACAGUAUUCUUGUCCUCCCAUCCUAGUUCGGAAGCAUACCGGUGUUCGUUUUCCAUCUUCUGGCAGAUUACACAGGAUACUUUCGAUGGUGUUGGGAAAAGCAACCAUGUGUAUCAUGAGUCUAUCCCAGAUUCUGAUGGCUACUAUUGCCAAUGUCCAAAUGAUGUACUUGUUCCACGCCAACAGAUCCUUCUAUGGGUUUGAGUUGCCCGGUGAUCCCUAGCCUUACCACCGGGCCCUUUAUUGGACUCAUUGCCAAGGGACCAACCCAUCCACGAGGCGCAUCGACUAAUCUCAGUAGCCUCCACUCGGCUGAAGGGUGGUCCUCUCAAGUCCCCUCAAAGCCAUACGAUAUUGGGGAACUUCAGUCGACUUGCGCUUUCGGCAUUUUCUCACAUACCCUCUAUCCCCCAGGUGCCGUCCCUUACGACUCCUUCCUGGCAGGCGCUUUUUGCUGUUGGAUUGUUGCUACAUCCAACCCUUCGUCUUGGUGUACCGUACUGGUUGUGCUACGGGCGAUACAGAAGAAGGGCAUACUAUUAUUGAUCGACCUUCUUCGGCCUUUGAGCACAAUGUCGAUCUGUCCAAAUGGGGCGCCGCCCAUGGUACUGCCAUGGGGCAAUGUGACAGUUACAACUGACCAGAAAGCCAUCACGAGAGGCAUUCCCGUGGCAUUGGGAAACCCGCCCCAGAUUGUCUCCCUGCGCCCAAGUACUUCGGACGAUAUCUUAUAUGUGGUCAACAAGGAGCAAUGCGCCCCCGACUACAAUGCCACUUGUAUUGGAAGUUGGGGCGGUGUUUUCGACUAUUCAUCCUCGAACACGUUUCACCAGGUUGCCCAGGGCCAAUGGAACGGCUCGACCGAUGCGCUUCCUACCCAACUGUCUUUUGUCACGUUCAACGACGUUUUAUCUUUCGGCAAUGCCACCGUCUAUGGGUUUCCUGCCGUCUACGAUGAACCGGGCUACGGAGGGCAAGGUGUGUUGCCGUUGGGCUGGGGUUCGGACUUUCUGGGCGUCGCCGUUGAAUCGGGCGCCGCGCCAUCAACUGUUUACGGCCUUUGGACAGGAAGUCGCUCUGUAGAGGCCCCGGUUGACGGCGCCCUGGUGAUUGGUGGCUACGACACGGCUCGGGUGAAGGGCGAUCUAACGACUUUCCAUGCCCGCGAGGACUGCGAGAUGUGCGCCGUCGUCACCGAGCUGACCUGGGAAUCGGUCAACGGUUCACAUAAUCUCUUCUCGAACUUUUCGGAAUCACUGCAGAUCAACCUUCAACCCUCGGAACGCUAUCUCUAUGUGCCCCAGAACGUUUUUGACAACUUCCAGAAUGCCACCGGUGGCAUCUACGUAGACCCGUAUCUUGGCUACAAGGACCUGCCCAAAGGCAAUCUCACCGUGACGCUUCAGAAUGGCUACAAGACCAGCAUCCCUGCAGAGGAGCUCUUCAUGAACCCUCGUGGGUACCUCAAUGGCGGCACGUUCGACAUCAUCGACGACUCCUAUAUGAUCAGCACGCUUGUCAACACCACCAACACCGGCUAUGUCUUGGACUGGGGAAUUCCCUACCUCACCAUGAACUACAUUAUCGGCGAUUUCAAGCGGCAGCAGUUCCAGAUGGCGCCUGCAAUUCGGACGGACUUCUCGAAGCAAGGCGGUGGAUAUGCUGUCAAGGCGACCUGCGAUCCUACAGACGGGAAGACAGUCCCGGGGACCACUGGUUCUGAUGGCACCAACGGUACAGCAAGUGGCGUGGGUGCAAACGGGACCUCCCCUGCGACCCCAGAAGUCACGACGCAUCACAAAAACAAGCACACUGGCGCCAUCGUUGGAGGUGUCGUGGGUGGUGUUGGCGGACUUGCUCUGAUCGCUGGCGCAAUUGGACUCUGGAUCUGCCGUCGCCGUCGCCGUAGGAAUGCUGCUGCUGCCGCCCCUGUAGGCGGUCAUCCUGGCGGUCCCGAAUCAACACCCAUGAUGGGAGGUAAUCCAAUGUCUCCGCACGUUGCCAGCCCUACAACCCAACACCAGCAAUGGACGCCUAUGAGUCCGACGGAAGUCUCGGCUAGCGAGCUGGGGAGUGAGCCCAAGCAAGCCACCAAUGUCCACGUCAACCAGUGGCUCUCAAGCCAGGCCAGCGAUACUCAGACGGUUGUCAGUUCUACUUCUCCGCCCACAUCCACAGCCCCAACCUAUCACAACAUGGCUGGAUCGGAUGGACGUUUUGAAAUGCCCGCUCAGCCUUGGGACACCAAGUAAACGACGAGUUAUCUGGUUUCCCGGACAUCAACGCCAGCUAGCUGCAUAAUGACAUUGAACUUUUUGUUAGCCUCGAGGAGCCAAACCCUACCGAUGCCCUUGAAGAAUCCGAAACUUGAGCAACCCACGUGUGGGAAUCCCCAGCAGAUUGAAUCACCUGCAGUUCCAUGUUGACACGAUCAUUUGUCUUGCGCAGGGGAAGACCUGGCCUGUCUUAAGGGCAUGUUUCUUAACUCGUUUUGUGGGACCGACAAGAAACUCGCAUUUGGCCAGCAAACUUGUCCUUGCGGAACCGUCUUCACAUACGCUCCUUUCGGUCCAUCAACGAUCGUCUCUGACUGGCGGGCUGGCUGCCUGCGUGUCUGCUUCCUCUCUCAAGUUUGUUCAUGUCGUUUGGCCCGAGUUAACUGCAAUGCGUUCUAUCGAGUCGUCUCAUGGUCAUGGGAGUGGAAUCGAGUCGAAUCGAAUCUCAGUUGAGCUCGGUCGCGUGUGGGCCUGGCUCUCUUUUGCAUGCAUGCCCUGCAGACAUGCGAUAUAUGUAUGUACAUACGUUGCAUACGUACGUACCUUCUGUUCUGCAAUUUUGUUUUUAGCGUGGGUUUCGAGCACGGGGUCUGCGGGUGCAGUGGUUUGUGUUUGUGUAGGUUAUGAUACUAGUAUUGGUAUUGAUACCUAUUGAUCUUCAUCCUCAA